GCGACCGAGGGAGCAGCCUGAGCCCUGACACCCACUGACCACCAGAGACACACCGGAGCUGACUGGCAGGAUGCGUGCAGGGUCCCGGCUCCCUCCUCGCCUGCUCGGCUGCCUGCUCCUCGCUGCCUGCCUGGGAGGGUGCCUGGGUGCCCCCCCGGCCCCUGUGCAGGGGGAGGACGGAGCCCCCUGCCCCAAGAACUGGCGUCCAUUCAGGGGCUAUUGCUAUGGGUUCUUCCAGGAGCUGCUGACAUGGGCUGAGGCUGAGGAGGAGUGCGAGCGCUAUGGCUCUAUGGGGCACUUGGCCUCCAUCCACAGCGAGGGUGCCAGCAAUGUCCUGGCUGCCUACCUGGAGAACCAGGGCCAUGCCACGGGCAGCGUCUGGAUCGGGCUGCAUGAUGAGGAGCAUUCCCGGCAGUGGAAGUGGUCGGAUAGCUCAGCUGUAGACUACACACGCUGGGGCCCAGGACAGCCCAGCAAGAUGUGGGCCAGGGAGGACUGUGUGGUGCUGCAGGACCGGUCCGGUUUCAUGCUGUGGUAUGACUACGACUGUAACAGGAAGUUCUCCUUCCUGUGCCAGCACCAGCCCUGA